AUGGCGUCCGAAGUUGACAUCGAGAAGCUUGAAAUCUCAAAGAACUUACUUCAAAUGAACUUCAUGAAACGAACUCUAAUUGCCAAAGAAAAGCUUGCUACGCCAAAAAAAUUGGAUGACUUGCCGACUGAAGAAGACUUUCAAUUUACGUUACCCAAGUCGGUUCGUGAGAGUUUAUCUCAGCGACUCGCUGUUGUUUCCAAAAAUCCGGUCGUGCGGCACGUGCCUGGACGUACCAUAAACACUAAUGUUGGUUUGCGAGUCAGUUAUGGCGGAUUCAAUCCCUACCUAUCCGGGGCGUCAGUUGAACCUACGACUCCAAUUGAAACGAAAGAGCCCCAAGUUCGUGCCAAAUACUCCGGUCGCAAGCUCAUAUCCGGCCACAAGCGCAAGCAUGAAGCUGAUCGCAUUGUUGAUUCUCAAGUGAACAGCAAACAGUACUUAGGACCCUACAAAUGCCGCUGCCUCCUGGAUGCACUUGCUAAUUGGCCUGCGACAAUAGACUCCUCGACUCCUGUCUGUCCAAAAAAUGCUAGUCAGGCUGCUAAAAAGUGA